UUUGCCCCACAAAAGAAUUAGGAAAAUGUCCUCUCUAACUAUUGCCAUGAUGCUAGUUAUCAUAUUCUUUGGAGGAGCUGCAAAUUUGACCAAUAUAGAUGCCAGUGAUGAUAUGAGCUUCGAGAUACCCAUUAUCUACAAUGGGUUAUCUCCAUCUACUGCUUAUAAUCCAAGUACUAAUGUUUCCUUGGUUCCAUAUGCAGGAUACAUGGAUGCAUUAAUGAAAUUAAAGAUGAGGAGACGAGGUCACAUGUACUCACUUGAUACAGCUAUUGGUACUCCUUGGAGCCGUGUAACAGUGAGCCUUGAUACAGGGAGUGAUCUGACAUGGGUCCAAUGUGAACCAUGUUCAAAAUGUUUUGAUAAAAUAUUGAGUUCAACCUUUGACCCUGAUUUCUCUACCACCUACAAAACCAUGAAUUGUGAAUACCAGCAGUGCCGUGCUUUUUAUGGCACUACAACUAUUGGUUGCGCUUGGAAAGAUGAGCGGAUAUGUCAGUUUAAGCAAGAAUAUAUGGAUGACUCAUUUGCUCAAGGUGACUUGUCAGAGGAUUAUUUUCAAUUCCAAGGCACAAAUGGCACCAGAAAAAGAUCUGAUUCUCCUCUAAAAUUUGGUUGUGCGCAUGAUACUAAGGGACAUUUUUCUCCCCAAGAUGAUGGUAUUAUGGGUAUGGGGAGAGGAAAAUUAUCGUUUAUUACUCAACUAAAUAUUUCAAGGUUUUCUCAUUGUCUUUCCAUGAGUGGAAAAUCUUCAUAUCUUUCUUUUGGAGAUGCAGCAAAACUUGAGGGUGAAUCUGUUGGUUUGAUUCAAAAUAAGAAGUUCCCUUCUCUUUACUACGUCAAUCUUCUUUCCAUAUUCAUAUUGGAUUGUGAGGACCUUCAUGCUUUGGAUAUUCCAUCUAAGACAUUUGCCAUUGAUGAUAAUGGCCACGGUGGCUUUCUCCUCGACACAGGUACCCCUUUUACGCGGCUCCAUACAUCAGCUUAUGAUGAACUUUGCAGGAUGUUAAGUGAGGUAUUAUUGUUGUCACACAUAUCCACUGUCCGUUCAAUUCAUAGGCAGUCUUAUGAGUAUUGCUUUGAUGCAUCUCUUGAGGAUGUGGAGCACAUCAGUGUGGUUUUCACUAUUGAUUUGGUUGAUGUGGAGAUAACAGACAGGCAAUUGUUCUAUGAGGAGGUGGAUAUAGCAAACAAUCCCAUCGUGUGCCUUGCUAUAUUUAAGGCAGGUUCUUCUGAUCCAACCACAUCUAUAUUGGGAGGUUUCACCAUGAGUGAUCAUAACAUUGGUUAUGAUCUUCGUAGGCAAAUCGUCACCUUUAACCCUACCACUUGUUGAACUUUUUUUUUUUCUU